AUGCCAUUCUCAACGUGUGCCCUCGAUGGGCCCGCCAAUGCUCUGGCGUUGAGUAGAGAUUCUCACUUGUGCGCAGUCGCUGGUAGAACUGUAUUCAAAGUAUUCAAUAUCGAUGAGCAAGACAGGAUCUCCGAGAAGGUCAAUCUGCGUGUGGGGAAAAACAUCAAUUUGAAUUAUUCUUGUUCCGAUGUCGUCUGGAAUCCGGACCUGGAGACAGUACUCGCCACAGCUGCGACGAAUGGUGCCGUCGUCAUCUGGGAUCUCAACAAGUCGACGAAAUGCAAACAAGAACUUGUUUUAGCUUACCACAAGCGAACUGUGAACCGAGUAGUUUUCCAGGAUGCCAACCUGCUGCUCUCGGGAUCCCAGGACGGGACGAUGAAAUGCUUCGAUCUCCGUCGCAAGGAAGCAAUUUGUACUUAUCACUCGUCGGGCGAACACGUUCGCGACAUCAAGUUCUCGCCGCACGAGGUGAACUCGUUUGCCGCCGCGCAAGAGACCGGGACGGUCCAAAUUUGGGAUCUGCGACGGAACGAUCGCUGCAUCCGACAAUUCACCGCUCACUCCGGCCCGGUUUUCACCUGCGAUUGGCAUCCCGUGGACAACCUACUGGCCACCGGAGGCAGGGACAGGGCCAUUCGGAUUUGGAACAUGCAAAGUGCCCCAAAUCUCACCCAUUCCUUCAGCACAAUCGCCUCCGUGGCUCACAUUCGAUGGAGACCGAAUCACCACAACCAACUUGCAUCAACCUCUCAAGUUCUGGAGCAUAAAGUCAACAUUUGGGAUCUGCGACGGGUUCAUUUCGCCGCUUACAACUUCGAGGAGCACAAGGACGUCGUCACCGGAUGCGCUUUCCGGAGUCAGGGUGAAAUACUCCUAAGCACUGGGAAGGACAGCAUGUUGAUCCUUCGGUCAUUCGAGUACGCGAUCCAACCAGCCACCAAAGCCAACCCGGUUGCUCAUCGAUUCAAUGCGGAAGAUAGCAUUGCGCUCGCGGUGUGGGAUAAGCUGAAAACAGGAAGCACGAAGAGGUCGACCUACAACGUUGGCAGUAACGGACGGAAAGGAGUGCCUCAAUCGAACACGGAGGACGUGCAGUCCGCAUGUCGCUCCGAACUCACCGUCUUCAAGGACCUAGGUCCCGUGAGUAUCUCCUCGGAUUAUCACACUUCGUUCCUGCGACUAGCUCGGUCCUACCGAUUGUUCGGGGCCCCUUUCCAGGAGCUUUGUGAGCACAACGCCAAGGUCGCAGCUGACGCGGGCAUGGUACAAGUUUCUCAAACCUGGAAAAUUCUCAGAACCUUAUUCCCGGCACAAGGCGAGCUCGAUUUGAAGAGAAAUGACCCGGUGAUGCAGAGAUCAUUCAAUGAUGAGAAAGCUGCUUCGCAAGACGAAAUGAGCCGUCACAACUCAGUAACGAAUUCAACAAGAUCUCGACACCCGUCUCUGAAGGAUGAGGAGGAUGUAAAGUCGCUCCUGGCUGCCUCCAGGGACGGAGGCGAAAGCACCGGAGGCUCUGAAUCCGACGACGAGGAAGGCGACAAGGACGACGACGACUUCAUUGACUCCGAAGUUUACUCUGAAGACGAAGUUGAGGAAGCCCAAGAAAUACACAGCAGUUUCUAUCCGCAACCCCGGAGCAAGUUCCUGACGGUGAUCUCACUUCCUGUCCCGCCCACGAAACUCGAAGUUGAUCUCGGCAUCAUAGCGUCAAUGUUACGCCAAUGUGUGGAUCAAGGAGACGUCCAGAGCGCUGUCUCCAUGGCUCUAGUCCUCGGACCUAGGAUCAAGAGCGCCGUCCGAGUCGAGGAACGGUCAAUCUGGAUCACGAGUUAUCUCGAACUCUUGAGCCAUUUCGAGCUUUGGAAUAUUUCGAAUCAAGUCAUCGUGUUGUCAGCAGACAUCGAUUGUAUAGGAACUAUGAAUCAGCAAUCCACAUUGAUAUACGCGGCAUGCGAUAUUUGUGACAGACCUCUCCGCGGCGCACCGUCCGCAGGAUUUUGCGUGCACUGCGCCCGUUUCGCGUCCCGCUGCUCUAUUUGUGACGAGGUCAUCAAGGGUCUGUACGUUUGGUGCCAGGGCUGCUCCCACGGAGGUCACAUGGAUCAUCUGAGGGAGUGGUUCUCGAAACAUGACCAAUGCCCGACGGGAUGUGGUCAUAUUUGUGAGAAAAUCGUUCGAGAAAGCCUCCCUGACUCGAGGAAAGCCGGAUCCUCUUGAGAAGCCCUGGUUUAAUCAUAAAUGAUCUAUCUUUAAUUGUCCUUCGAUCCCAAGGCGUAAUCGAGGGCCUUGAUGCCACAGAUUGAAUGGGACAGAAUUUGGAUUUCGAAGGAAACGAUAUUUAAAUCCCUGUAUUUUUGUACAGAAUUUUUUAAUUAGGCAAGUUACUAUCCAAACAUUUGAGCAAUAAAGGAACCUAACUGUUGAAU